AUGACCGGAACGAAUAGCCCUUCCGCCAACUUACACGGCUGUAACUGUGCAUUUUGCCCGGCUCAUCCCCCUUGUUUUAUGAUUCUUUUUCUGGUCGGAGAAAAACAGACCCCAGCUCAGGUGUUAGCCCGUCAGCCAUUGAUCCACAAUGUAAAGGCCGAGCGACCCCUACUCUGUUCAUAUCUAUCUAUCUAUCUAUCUAUCUAUCUAUCUAUCUAUCCCAGUCUGUUCAUAUUUAUCUCUCUAUCUCAUCCUGCUCAUAUUUCCCCCCUCUCUCUCUCAGUGUCUGUAUAUAUAUAUAUAUAUAUAUAUAUAUAUAUAAAAUGUGCGUGUGUGUGUGUAUUCCAAUCUGUUCAUAUCUAUCUAUCUAUCUAUCUAUCUAUCUAUCUAUCUAUCCCAUCUGUUCAUAUCUAUCUAUCUAUCUAUCUAUCUAUCUAUCUAUCUAUCUAUCUAUCUAUCUAUCCCAGUCUGUUCAUAUUUAUCUCUCUAUCUCAUCCUGCUCAUAUUUCCCCCCUCUCUCUCUCAGUUCAUAUGCAGAGAUUGUCUAAACAAACCAAUAAUCAUAUUCGUGCGAUCUCGGACAAUUUAUUCCCCCCGCCCUGCUAUCUAUCUAUCUAUCUAUCUAUCUAUCUAUCUAUCUAUCUAUCUAUCUAUCUAUGA